ACGCUCCAAACAUCGCUACCCUUUGUGGUGAGAGGCGCGGCAAGAGACCAGUUCGCGUGUUUAUUCGGUGAUACACCUGUCAAAGCCGUCGACGCCAACGCUACUCAUAUCACGUGUAUAUCACCGCCCGGUAAAGGCGCUGUUAGAGUAGCAGUAUCCUCAAAUAGCGGUGUAGAUUUUGACAGCAAGACCGCAGCCCCAUAUGCGUAUCGAGCGGACGCGUCCGUCCAGUCCCUGGAGCCGAGCUGGGGUCCGAGUGGCGGCGGCACGCGCGUUCGCGUGCGCGGUGCGUCUUUCGCGCGAGGG